AUGGAAAUUGCAUAUUUGGCAGUUCAGUUGUAUUUUGUAUUUACAAGUGAAGCAGCACCUUGCAGUGUAUUGACCUGUACUGUAGAUGUUCAGUCACUGGCCCAAUCCAGGUUUGAAAUGAAUCUGCUCGAUCCAAACACUUGCCAAACUGUGAUAAUAGAACAUGCUUCUAGUAUCAACAAUAUAUUACUUCAUCCCGUACAAGUCACUCAAAUAUAUCCAUCAAUUAGAGCUAGUAGAGAAAGAUUUACAUAUUUUAAAGCUCUCAUACAGGUUUGGACAGAUUGGGACUAUCGCAAUGAAUUUUACAUGAUGAUUCUCCUUCAAGAAACAAGAACAAUUUUCAUAGAAUCAUGUAUAGGCUAUGUGCGUGGAAAUGAUCUUGAUGGUAUAUCAAUAAAGCUUAAUGAAUGUAAAAAAACGUAUUUUAAAAAUCACUUCAAAAUGCUUCUCGAGGAGAUGAUGGAAGCAUUUAUCAAAGAAGGUCAAACAACUGGCAGAAAAAGAAUUCUCCUAUACGUUGCGCUUUCUAAUUAAACGCGUUAUAUUGAUGAUGAUUAUGACAUACCUACAAUC